AUGGAUAUCAAAGAAUGGUGUGACGAUAAUGGUCUAGGACUGGAGGUCUAUACGGCCCUAAAAGACCAAGGGUUUGAAAGUAAAGUGGCCUUAUUAGGCAUGACUGAUGAAGAUAUUGGAACACUGAAAUUACAAAAGUUAGGACAUGUCAGAGGGCUUGAAUAUGCCCUUAAUGAAUUGAAGACAAAAGCAGCAAGACCACAACAAUAUACACAGGGGACUUUUUUCCGGCCAAAAAUUGAGACCACAGAAAUGGCAGAUCAAGAUCUAACGUCAAAAGAUCUCCAGAGGAAUAAGGAGCUAAACGAGCUGGCGGCAAAAGUGGCAGCCAGUGGAGUAGGCAUGGAUUUUCUGAGCGCAGAAGUGCCAGGCGAGAGGACCCCGGGAGUCAAUGAUACGGACAAAGGUAAAGAGCCAAUACUGUUAAUAAACGAUUUUGUCAGAGAUGGCAAAUUGGGACGUUAUAUGCAUGAAGACGAACAGUAUAUAACGAAAGACUUGGUAUAUAAGGUUAACAAAAAACCAAAGAUUGAAAAUGUGACAUUGCCACAAUGGGUGUCGGCUAACGCGGAAAUAAUGAUUCAGAUGAUUAAAAAAGGACUUAUAACAGACCUUAACGAUGUCGUAAAGUAUGCCCAGCAUACUAAAGCAGUAGGAGAUCUAGCCCAGAUAUAUACCAUCCCAUCACUCAUGGUAUACGACAAUGCGUUCCGUAUCAAGCAAUCAGAAGGCGCAGCAGAUUGGGGUAUAGACGAUCAACAUUUGGUCAAUUUUCACCUCAGUAAAAAAUUGCCAUCAGAGUUCAAAAAAUCUGGUAUCGAAGAGCGUAAAGCCAGACAGACGCAACCACAAUCACAAGACAAUAUAUUAUGUCGGCAAUGGAACACAUUAAGUGGGUGUUCAUACGGAACACAAUGUAAAUUUGCGCAUGGGAAAUGCAAUGUAAGUGGGUGCAGUCAAGCACACCCAGCCUAUCUACAUGAACAGUGCAAAUAG